AUGCCCAAGAUGCCUUAUUGCGUCGGGUUCAAGGAAGGCGCUAGCACAGUGUCAGCUGUAAUGGCGGCGUCUAUCACUGGCUGCGAUGCCAAAAGGAAGCAAGCCCGCCCCGUCGUUCCUGACCUGCCGUUGCCUCACACCGGUCCAAUAUAUAUUGAGUGGUCUUUCCGUCACCGUCCCGUGCGUUGCUGGGAAACACGCACAAAAUCCACAAAUUAUCCCUCGACAUCUGCAUCCACGUUGUGCAUCCAUGACAAGUACACAGUGCGAUACUACAAACCGAAAGUGUCAAAUAGUAAGAACGGGCGGGAAGGGUUCUCCAAGGAACGCCGUUGA